AGCUCCUCGCGGGACCUCUCUGUUGGGGACGUCGCCAUGGCCGGCUGGGAUUACGCUUCUGCGCGCGCCGUGCUAGGCGCUUUGCUGGCGCCCGCACUCUUAGCGCUGCUGGUUUCGCCAGCCCUGAGCUUCGGGGACUGGGAGAAACCCACGCCAAUGCCGCCGCUGCCACCCCGCGAGGACGCGGCGCGCGUGGCCCGCUUCGUGGCGCACGUCAGCGAGUGGGGCGCGCUGGCCACCAUCUCGGUGCUAGAAGCGGUGCGCGGCCAGCCCUUCGCGGACGUGCUCUCGCUCAGCGACGGGCCCCCGGGCGCGGGUAGCGGCGUACCCUACUUCUUCCUGUCCCCCUUGCAGCUCUCCGUCCACAACCUGGAGGAGAAUCCGCACGCCUCGCUGACCAUGUCCUUGGCCCAGACUGACUUCUGCAGGAAGCACCUAUUCGAUCCCCAGAGCCCCCUGUGUGUUCACAUAAUGCUUUCAGGAACGGUGACCAAGGUGAAUGAAACAGAAAUGGACUUUGCAAAGCACUCAUUAUUCACUCGGCACCCUGAGAUGAAAAGCUGGCCAUCCAGCCACAACUGGUUCUUUGCUAAGUUGAAUAUAACCAAUAUCUGGGUCCUGGACUACUUUGGUGGAGCCAAAAUAGUGACGCCUGAAGAAUAUUACAAUGUCACAAUUCAGUGAAGUGCAGUGGCGAUUUGAUCCUCAUGUGGACAACUUCUCAGGGUAGCUCUUGCAACCUGGAAGGGCUUAGCAUCUCCUGGGCAUUCCUCAGAGUGUUGGUCGGUUUUCUGUCUUAAGCUGGUUGGUUUGCUUGCUUGUUUGCAAAAUAAUAUUGGACCUAUACUGGAUUUCUUGGAAAAUAUGGGUCUUUCUUUUCUCUAUAUUUUGAAGCUGUUUGCAUAGAGAAAUCUUUUUCAUUAUAAUCAAAGAAGAUGUGUUUUAUCAAUUGAAUUGUUUUUCCAGUAGUGUUCCUUGAAGAAUAAUUACUGGAUUAGAUCCCGCAUUGGCUGUGGAGGUGUGCUGAGCCCUCCUGGGCCCCAGCUGCCCCAGAGAUGCAGGAUUGUGGGGUGGAGGGCAGGGGAGACGGGGUGCUUCUUGCUCUUGUCCCAGCAUGUUAGACAAACCUGUUGUUAUUAAUCCAACAGAGGGCAAACUACUUCUUUUUUUUUCUUUCUUUUAUGUAUUUGGUACAGGGUUUCACAACGCAGCUCAGACUCGUGGUGAUCCUCCU